UUUAGCCGGAGAGUAUUUGGUCUAAAAUAUUUGAGUUUUUUCAUGGAAAAUGAAUUUGGGAUGGAACACUAGUGUUGGUUCAUCUUGGAGCAGGGAUGAUGAUAUUGCUUUGGAGAGAGCCCUUGCAAUUUAUGACGAUGAAACACAGAUUUGUUGGGAAAACAUUGCUGCAGUUGUUCCUGGGAAAACUACUGAACAAAUUAUUGAGCGUUACAAUAUUUUAGUUCGUGAUGUUAUGGAUAUUGAAUCUGGACGUGUACCUCUUCCAGAUUAUGGUGUUCCAGAAGAACCAAAUCCCAAUGCUAGAGGUAAAGGCAAAGAAAAACUCACGCACAAACGACGAAAGGGAGUUUCUUGGACAUCAAAUGAACACAGACAAUUUCUUAUUGGUUUGGAUAAGUAUGGGAAAGGUGAUUGGCUUAGCAUUUCUCGUAACUCUGUGAGGACAAGAACACCAACUCAGGUUGCAAGUCAUGCUCAAAAAUACUUUCAACGUCUGAACUCAAAGAACAAACACAGAAACAGGGCAAGCAUUCAUGACAUAACCGUUGAUGAAGAAAACAGAAACAUCUCACCAAAACAAGAAGCAAUCCGCACAUGGCAAAACGGAAACGUCAAUCUUGCUUCUACCUCCAACAACCAAGCCAUUCAAACCACUUCUCAACCAUCACUAGACCUUCCGAUGCAUGGAAGACCCCACAUAUGGAAUACUCAAGCCAUCUCACAGCCAUCGCUAAACCUUCCAACAUAUGGUGCACCCACCAUAUGGAACGCACAAGCGGCUUUGCCACCACGACCACCACCACCGUGCACCAUAUGGAACGCACAAGCGGCUUUGCCACCACCACCAGCCAGUAUUCCUGUGUAUGGAACGACGUUGUCCACCAUGAACCAACCAAUGGUUGGACCAAUGCCCUCACAUUUUGGAACAAACAUGAACCAUUUCGCUCAACCUCACAUGACUCCUGGUGUUCAGCAUUAUCCUCUACCUUCCUAUCCGGGUCCUAGUGCACCGAUCAACAUGGGUUCAUCAAUCCCAUAUGGUGACAUGACUUAUGCAACUAAAUCCCAAAGAUAGGUUUUUAUUUAACCUUCCCUGAUUUAUGCUUGUUAUUUUUAUUAAGAUAUAUGUAAGAGCUGAGGGUUACUUAAUCCAUCUAGUUUGUUUUUC